AUUCAAUACAGCUUUUCCUCAGGAUUUACCUCGCCGCUAGCUUCCAGUUGCGAGUGGAAUGCCAACCUCUGUUGGCCAGCCCGACAUGGCCCGUAAUAAUGUAUCACGUUCACGGGCCAAUCAACCUCUGUAUCGUCUUAUAGAUGACAUAAUUCGGUCUGCUGGAGAGCCUGCCAUAGUACGGCAGAUGAUCCCACCUGGGACUAGGAUCGAUUGGCCAGUUGAAGACCUAGCAACAUAUGAGGCUCGAUGUCAUUCGAUGACCCCACUGCAGGUUAAUAGCAUUGUCGAUUUUAGCGCUCUCGACUUUGCUGGUGCAGUAGAUGAUUGUUUGAUAUGCCCUAUAUGCAUGUUUACUAUUAUGACUCCGGUUGUAAUACCAUGCAAUCAUAUCUUCUGCCUCGAAUGCUUACAGAGGCACUAUGAGAUCAGCCAGACGUGCCCAAUCGAUAGGAAGAAAUUCCGGGCAAAUCGAAUUCGGCUCUCAAAGGAUAUCGCCGAGCAGCUUGGCAACCUUAUUGUGUUUUGCCCAAACUAUCCUCGUGGAUGCACGAAGCAAACGAGACGACGGGACGUGCUCACUCAUGCUUUGAACUGUUCUCAUAUGUCCUCAUAGUUUCCCUGUUUCUUAGGUCUAGGUAUUAGCUACGUAUACUCCUACAACCUCGUGCUUCAGCACCAAUCGAUCAUACAAGUUUUGUACUAUUAUUUUC